CUUUGGCUACAGCUAAGCAACCAUAAACCCUCACAAACACAGAGAUUAAUUAAUUUUUAAUCAUUAUAUAAAUUAAUUGGCAAUCAGGAGAUUAGGAUUAAUGGAGUGGUCGUGGCCGGAAACUGUGCUCUCAAAUAGGGAGAGGGUGAUGGAGGAGUUGAUCCAAGGGCGUGAACUGGCAAGUCAACUUAGUAAGGCUUUUGAUAAUAGGUCACUUGUUAAUGGUGAUGAUUGGGGAUCGGCUGAAGGUAUUGUUAAUAAGAUUUUGGGGUCAUUCGUUAGUACCCUCUUGAUUAUAAAUGGGAAGGAGUCUGUUCAGGAGUUUGUUCAGGAGUUUGUUUCUGAUCAGAUUCAAGGAAAUAGUAGUGGUGUGAGUGGCGAUGGUAGUGGUGGUGGUAGUGGUGUUGGUGGCGGUGGUAGUGGUGUUGGUAGUGGUGUUGGUGACGGUGGUAGUGAUGGUGGUGGUGGUGCUUAUUCAUCAUCUGCGGAUGCUAAUCAUGAUCAUGCAGCUGCUAUGAAGUCUGAAGAUUGUACUGAGGAGGAGAUCAGUUGUAAGAGCACGUUAACCUUCAAGGAUGGUAGAGGUUCUUACAAGAGAAGAAAGACUUCACACUCUUGGACUAGAGAUACUCCUGCGUUGAUUGCCGACGGUCAUGCAUGGAGAAAGUAUGGACAAAAAAUUAUCCACAAUGCCAAGCAUCCAAGGAACUACUUUAGAUGCACACACAAAUACGAUCAAGCGUGCAAAGCAACCAAACACGUGCAACAAGUUCAAGAUCAUUCACCAGUGUUUCGAACCAUAUAUUAUGGCACCCACAAGUGCAGAGACCACCUCAAAACUUCUAAACUGCUCUUGGAUUGUACAAGUCCUAGAGAUUCUUCACAGUUCAUUAGUUUUGAAAACGUCAAUUGUAUGACAAACAAACAAGAGCACCCAUUUUUCGCAUCCUUCGCUUCAUCAUCGGUUAAAGAAGAAGUGUUCGUCAAAGAAGAUAUGCCAACAACUGAUCAUAUGGUGACAAGCGACCACAACCAUUCAUCACCGUGCGAUCAUCUUGUGUCGCGUGAUCUGACGGCGUUCGAGUCCUCUGGGCCCAUGAGCGGGUUUUCAUCAAGCAUUGAUCAGUAUGAUCAUGACAAUAUGUUUUGGGGGAUGAUUGCCGAGUCUUACUUUGAUAAAUAUAAUGAAGUUUUGCAAUGUGGAUUUUGAAUUUUGAGUUUUGAUGAUUAGUACGUAGCUAGCGUACUCCUUGUAGUAAAUUGAAUUUAAGAGAAUCGGGUGUAUGUUCGGUUUCUUUGAA